GCACUAACUGUAAAGCAAAGUCAGACCGGCAGCUUUUCAAAUAGUUUUUGCAUUAUUGUUAUGAUUAAGAAAGGGUACUAUAACCGUUCCAAAUCUGUUUGUUCGGCUCCUGUAGAAGAACAGGGUGGUAAUAACGAAAGAAAAAAUUCCACGAUAGCAAAAUGUGCCAGUAAAAAGUCUGUAAAAUUCCCUGGGGAAUUCAAUCCUGUUACGUGUGUGAUAGACCCAGUUGAUCCUUGGUUAAAUAGACAGUGCUUAUCACCUGCUGAGUUAAUCGGUGUUUAUAAACUUCAAUGUAAUCUCUCUUCGAUCCAACCUUUGUAUAGUGUCAUUUCACAGUUACAAUCUAUAGAUUUGAGGCAGUCUCUAGAACGGAAACACGAUUUUAAUCUUAAGGGUUGUCAACUUAAUGGUGGACAUAUUGAUAUGUUGGAAUAUGUUUUCAAAUACGUCCAAUUCCAAUACUUAAAUUUGGAAAACACCAAUCUUGAUGACGAAUCUGUUGAAUCAUUAUAUGAAAUUUUGAGCUAUUAUGAAACAUGUACAGGAUUGUGUUUGGCUCGUAACCCUAAUGUUACGUCUACCGGCUGGAUUCCUCUCGCUUUUUUAUUUCGAGAAGUGCCGUAUAUGGAGUGGCUUGAUUUAAGAGAAAACAACUUGGGUUUAACUUUUGUACAAAUAUUGUCAUCAUAUCUUCGUAUACCACGAAAAGAGUUUAAACCAAAACAGUUUAAAAACGAAAGUUUUGAUAAAAAGUGUAAUCGUCUCUCCGAGAAAUUAUCUAAUAAGGAUACUUUCAAAUUUUCUAAGAAUGUAUCCAUUUCAGAAUCAAAUUUAAACUCAUCAAAAACACUGCCUUUUCAUUCACGUGGGUUACAUUUUGGUUGUACAGGUAUUAAUGGGAAAUUAUUACAUAUACUGAUUCCGGGAAUUCGUUUGGGUUGUAUCACUGAUCUUCGAUUACCCGAUAAUGGAAUUACUGGAUCUGAUGCUAAAUUUUUAGUGCCAUUGUUACGUUAUAGUUCUCAUCUGAAAUAUCUAGAUCUGAGUAGAAAUCUACUUGGGGACUUGGGUUGUUCAACUAUAUCACAAGCAUUAGCUUCACCUUGUUUUUCAUCCGAAAUCCUCAAUUCAGAUGAAAAUCAACGCGGUUUAAUCCGAUUGUUUCUAUCAGAAAAUAUGAUCACCAGAUCAAGUAUGAAUAAAUUGGCAACUGGACUAAUACGCUGCACACGUUUAACAACUUUACAAUUAUCUGGGAAUUUGAAUAUUGGCUCUUCCGGUUUAUUUGAUUUGAAGUCAAGUCUUAUCAGUUGUCCAUGUUUAAAACGUUUGGGUAUUGCAUUUUGUGGUAUUGAUCAUGAUGGUGCAGCAUGCAUUACAGAAAUAUUAAUAAAAACAACAUCUCGUUUCAAAAUAAUAGAUCUGACAGGAAAUCCUAUUGGGAUAGAAAAUUGUUUAGCAUUAUUAAACUCUUCAGCUUAUUUAGAUGAAAAAGUUAGAAUAAUAGGUUUAGAGUUUCAACCAUCAUCGUUAAUGCAAUAUGCAAGACAGUUAUCGGAAAAGGAAAAUAAUAGUCUUUUACAUCAGAGUAAUUACUUUGUAGUUGUACUUGCUGACAACAAGGGUUUACUAAAGAAAUAUUCAAAACUAGAAUUGCAAGAUUGACACGUGAUAUCCUGAAGUAAUGGGGCGUAGCAAAGAAUAAAUUAUACAACUAUAAUUGGAAUAUUACUUUUGAUAUCGAGUGAUUGAAACUGUUAUUGAAUAGUUCUAGUUUAUAAUAAUGAAGGAUGUGUACAAUUUGGUUUUCUGGUUUUUACUCCUUCGUGAAUGGUUCUGUCAACGUAAACCUAUAUUCACCUGACGAUGCACAAUUCGACAUCCAGAAAAUUAGGCGACUAUUUUAAUGAUUUCGUACUUUCUCAAAAAUUUAUAUCUUACAAUCGCUUUUACUUAGAAAAUUGUAUAACAAUGCCUACGGUUACGGUAAAAAUGGUCCAAAUGAUCUUCUAUGUGUCAGUAGCACAAUCAUUUUUACUCUGUAAUCGAAUCUUCAACUUACAUUGGUUUCCUAAAUUCUAGGAAAAGUAAAUUUCUACAGACUUCUCAUAAGUUGGGAAUCAUGUAUGAUUUCCAAUUCAUUUGAAUAUCUAAAACUGAACUAUUUCAGCUCAACUCUGAGUUUGAUCAGAUAUUAUCCAAGUAUUUUUACGUUUUAGUCUGGUCAUACAAGGUAUAAAUCAUUUGCACUACGUAUAUUUAAUGUAGAUUUUGGUUUAAUUGAUUAAUUAAUUAAUCUCUUAGAACUG